AUGUUCUCUCUGAGAACUGCGCAGCCAGCGCAGUCUCUUUUCCGCGCUGCGACGAAUACUCACUCGACAUCUCUCCCUCGCUCCGCAAUUGCUGCUAGAUCAUUCGCUACCGUGCAAUCGGACAUCUUCAAGCCCACCAAAUAUGGCGGCAAAUACACAGUUACGCUGAUCCCAGGCGACGGCAUCGGCACGGAAGUAGCAGAAUCAGUGAAAACAAUUUUCAAAGCCGAUAAUGUACCAAUUGAGUGGGAGCAGGUCGACGUUAGCGGGUUGGACGCCGGGAAUAAACAUUCGGAAGAUUUGUUCAAAGAAUCUAUUGCCUCGCUGAAGCGCAACAAGCUCGGUCUCAAGGGUAUCCUUCACACCCCAGUUGAGCGAUCCGGCCAUCAAUCGUUCAAUGUUGCCCUACGUCAGGAACUAGAUAUCUAUGCGUCUAUCGUUUUGAUUAAGAACAUUCCCGGCUACAAGACCAGACAUGACAAUGUCGACCUCUGCAUUAUCCGUGAAAAUACCGAAGGCGAAUAUUCUGGCCUCGAGCAUCAGUCUGUCAGUGGCGUCGUCGAAUCUCUCAAGAUAAUUACUCGUGCCAAGUCAGAACGAAUUGCCAAGUUUGCUUUUAGCUUUGCUCUGGCCAACAACCGCAAGAAGGUUACCUGCAUCCACAAGGCCAACAUCAUGAAAUUGGCCGACGGCCUUUUCCGCUCCACCUUCCAUAAAGUUGCCGAAAGCUACCCCACUCUAGAAACGAAUGAUAUGAUUGUGGAUAAUGCAUCUAUGCAAGCGGUUGCUCGUCCUCAGCAGUUUGACGUCAUGGUUAUGCCUAACCUUUACGGAGGAAUCCUCUCCAACGUUGGAGCUGCUCUCGUCGGGGGCCCCGGUAUUGUACCUGGUUGCAACAUGGGUCGCGAUGUGGCUGUCUUCGAACCGGGAUGUCGACACGUUGGACUUGAUAUUAAAGGCAAGGAUCAAGCUAACCCCACAGCCUUGAUUCUUUCUGGAUCCAUGCUCCUGCCCCACUUGGGGUCUCAAUGA